CCGUUUGCAACGGUGGCGGCGAGCUCCGCGUAGCCCGGCUGAGCGAAAGCAAGACGUCCGCGUUGACCCCUCGGGGACGUCUGCUCGAGCGGCGGGUGCCACCAGGAGAGUCGACGCGAUGCCGGUCGAAGUGGUGCAGGUGCAGCCGUUCGAGGGCCAAAAGCCCGGCACCAGCGGGCUGCGCAAGCCCACCAAGACGUUCAUGCAGCCAAAUUACACGGAGUGCUUCAUCCAGUCCAUCUUCGACACGGUCGGACCCGACCUGGAAGGAUCCACGCUCGUCGUGGGCGGUGACGGACGCUACUUCGUCAAGGAGGCCACGAUGACGAUCAUUCAGAUGGCCGCCGCAAACAAGGUUAAGCACAUCGUGGUGGGUCAGAACUCCCUGUUCUCCACUCCGGCCGUGUCGUGCGUGAUACGCAAGCGCAAGGCCCUGGGUGGCAUCUUGCUCACCGCCAGCCACAACCCUGGAGGCAUCGACGCCGACUUCGGCAUCAAGUACAACAUCUCCAAUGGAGGUCCGGCGCCGGAGUCUGUGACGAGCGCCAUCCACGUGGUGACCACGUGCAUCCACGAGUACCGCACCUGCCCCGAUGUGUCGCCCGACCUGAGCCAGCUGGGCUCGCAGACCUUCGACAUCGAGGGGCGACCUUUCACCGUGGAAGUCGUCGACGUGGUCGCCGACUACGUCGAGCUCGCGCAGCAGGUGUUCGACUUCGACGCCAUCCGCAACCUGAUCGUGGGCAGUGAGGCGCGGCCCCCGUUCCGGGUGCUCGUCAACAGCAUGCACGGCGUGACGGGGCCCUACUGCCGGCGCAUCUUCUCCGAGCUGCUGGGCGUGCCCCUCGAGAACGUCCGCAACAGCGAGCCGCUCGCCGACUUCGGCGGCAAGCACCCGGACCCGAACCUGACGUACGCCAAGGAGUUGGUGGACGAGAUGCGCACGGGGCCCUUCGACAUGGGCGCCGCCUUCGACGGAGACGGGGACCGCAACAUGAUCCUGGGCGGGGGCGCCUUCUUCGUGACGCCCUCGGACUCGCUGGCCGUGCUUGCGGACAACAUGCACGCCAUCCCGUACUUCCAGGCGACGGGCAUCCGGGGCCUGGCGCGCAGCAUGCCCACCGCGGGCGCCGUGGACCGGGUCGCGAAGGCCAAGGGCCUGCCCAUGUACGAGACGCCCACCGGGUGGAAGUUCUUCGGCACGCUCAUGGACGCCGGACGCCUGUCGCUCUGCGGCGAGGAGAGCUUCGGCACCGGCUCCGACCACGUCCGGGAGAAGGACGGCGUGUGGGCCGCCCUGGCGUGGCUGUCGGUGCUGGCGCACAGCGGCAAGGGCGUCCAGGAGAUCUGCGAGGACCACUGGGCGCGCUACGGGCGCAACUACUUCACGCGCUACGACUACGAGGAGUGCGAGACCGGCGCCGCGCACCAGCUGAUGCAGCACAUUGAGGGCCGCAUGAACGACCCGGCCUUCAAGGGGCGCCGCUUCCUGUGCGACGGCCGCGUCUACACCGUGGCCAAGGCCGACGACUUCACGUACACCGACCCGAUCGACGGGUCCACUUCCAUCAAGCAGGGCCUGCGCAUCGUGUUCACCGACGGCUCCCGCAUUGUGUACCGCCUGAGCGGAACGGGCAGCCAGGGUGCCACCAUUCGGGUCUACAUCGACAGCUACGAGCCGGACCCGCUCAAGUGCAAGGAGGACUCGCAGAAGAUGCUGCGUCCCCUGGUGGCCGUCGCCCUCCACAUCUCGGACAUGAAGAACUUCAUCGGCCGCACCAGGCCGACCGUGAUCACGUGAGCUGGGACCGGCGUCGCUCGCCGCCACCAACCCCCCCACCACCGCCGCCCCGCUCGCCCGGCGAGGGGCGCAACUAGUCCCCGGUGCCAAGGCUGUACUGCGCGGAAGCUGCCAACAAAGGAAUGGGUCGAACGGCAUCUCACGACGCUGCGUGCAGAGCAGCGUGCCCUCGGUGCCCGCUGCUCCGCCAACAUUUGAUUCUCCUCGAGGCAAUAAAACCCACUUACUUGGA